ACACUGCAAAUGGCGCACCUUCGGAAAACGGUUCCAGUUUGCGGGAAGAACGAUUCCUUUUGUCCAAACAGCAUCCUACUUUUGCCUGACAGACCAACUACCUUUGGAAGAAUAAUAUCUCCCGAUACAAAUGUCCGGUUAUUGUCGAAAGCGACGCCUUUGAUGAUUUCUCGCAGACAUGCCACGGUUUCUCUUUCGGCGGGCAAAUGGACGAUAACCGACCAUGAGAGUCUAAAUGGAGUCUUCAUAAAUGGCAACAGAAUUCAGCCCAAUACCCGUCAUGUUCUGGAAUUUGGUGACAAAGUUGCUUUUGGUGUUGGGAUAGACUCUAGUCCACCAGAGUUUGAAUAUGAGUUUGAACCUGUAGGAAAAGGUUGUAAAAGACGUGCAGAUACACCUCUGUCAAGAAGCAAAGGAAAUUCUGUUAAACAUAGAAAGAUUGUGGCAGAAAGUGGCAGCUAUGUACAGGUAACUUCCCCAUUAAGUGCAGACCAUCCUGCUGUACAUGAAGUGAUCAGCAUGGCCGAGGAAAAGAUUAAGAAAUUGAAAUUAUCUUUAGAGGAAAAGGAGAAAUGUCAUGCAGAUGUGGUCCUGCAAUUGGAACAAACAGAGAAAGAGUUGCAAGCCAAGCUGCUGGAUCAGAAGGCUACCUUAGAACAGGAAAAAGAAGAGCUUGAAAGUGCACUUAAAACUCUGUUCGCAGAAAAGUUAGUAGAGAAGGAAGAACAGUUGAAUCAGGAAUUAAAAAGCCAAAAGGAAAGUUUGAUUGCGGAAAAGGAGCAGGUUGAAGUACAGCUGCAAGAGGAAUUGAAUAGAAAGCUAGAAGAAAAAGACAAAGAGCUAGAAAAUCAGUUGACUCGGCAGAAGCAAGUGCUGGAGCAAGUGAUUGCUGAAAAGGAGGCUCAGCAGAAUAUGCUGCAUAUGGAAUUAGAAAACUACAAAGCCUCCCAAGCUCGAAUGCAAGACUUGGAAGCCAAUGAAAGAAGGAUGGAAUCGACUUUACAGGAGCUACGGCAGAUUGUGGAGUCCAAAAACGAAGAGCUUCUUAAACAGCAAGAAGAGACAAAGAGAGUCGAGGAGGCCACAAGGAAAACAGUCAUAGAGCAGAUGGAGGAUGAGUUUACUUGCAUCAUAUGCCAAGACCUUUUUAUUAAUUCUACUACUUUACCAUGUGCCCAUUCCUUCUGUGAGUACUGCUUGAAAUCCUGGCUGCAGAAGAAGAGCAACUGUCCAAUCUGUCGUCAACCCAUAAUGGGAAGGCCCGUCAGGUCCCUUGUUCUUGAUAACGCCAUUGCCAAAAUGGUGGAAUCUAUGGAUGAGGAGACCAAGACAAGACGGCAGACAGUCAGCCAGGAAAGGGAAGAGUUGAAAAGAGCUGCUUCUGGAGUUACACCUGGUUCACAGGACUAUCCAAUCACCGUGAAUGAUGGUGAACAAGGCAACCACAGUCAGGGUAACAUGGUUACAGCAGCAACAACACAAAACACAGCUCGGCAUGCAAGAGCUAGGGCACCUUAUGUCCGAGGAAUUCAAAUUCAAGAGCAACGCCCUGCUGCCCAUCAGAGAAACUACUACCACAGGAAUUACGUCAACAGGUAUUAUGGUAACCAUGGUAACCAUAGUGGUGGUGGUGGUGGAUAUCGUUAUGGUGGUGAUUAUGAGAGGCAACCAUAUCAGGAAAAUUAUAUGCAUGGUCCACCAGCAACAUUCCAUCCAGGUUAUGGCCAUUGCCAUUUGUGUGGUAAGUAUUAUUGACCAUUUAGCCUUGUAGGGCAAGGUGGCCUCAUGGUUAGAUGUAAUUUGUGAUAAUCGGUAUUGACAUAAAUUAAUAUUUUGCCAACACAGAACGGAGAACUGGGUGGGAGAGUAGUACGCAAAGGCUCAGGGGUAGUACAUUUAAAAAAGAGACAGUUGAGAAACUUGUGACAUUCUACGGUCAGCCUUGCCACUAGCACUUUCCCAUAAAGUUUAUUUUUAUUGUGUGAUUAGCGUCAUGAUUUGUUUUUUCAUUUUGUUUAUAGAUCAAUCUUUAAACCCCAAAGGUAGUGCCACUGCAUUUGGUUGGGGGUACACAGUCCCUAUUUUUCCAAACGAGGCUUUUGGGGUUUACGUGUCUGGCUUUGGCGCAUGUAGGACCUUACUUGAUGUAUCACUUGUCCGCUUUGUUGUAAGCUUAUUGUCGCAAAUAAAACAUAUCCUGGGCCUGGCUGACCAAUGUGCCCAUGCCUCAACCUCAGAGUGUCUUCGGUUGUGUAGUGAAGGCAAAAUUGCACUUGUCUCUGGGUCGAGGGGUCUGGGUUUGAACCCUGACUGGGUGAACCCUGACCGGGGACAUUGUGUCGUGUUCUUGGGGAACACACUUUACUUUCGCAGUGCCUCUCCACCCAGGUGUACAAAUGAAUACUGGCAAAUUUAAUGCUGGACUAGCAUCCCAACCAGGGGAGAGUAGAAAUAUUCCGAGUUGCUUCAUGAUAGAGAGACCUGAAUAAGCUUCAACCUGAUGGGCCAUUUGGCUCGUAUUUACAUGUAUACUUAAUCUUUACCCAACCUUGAUCUCCUAUAAGACAGAUUUUGCCCAGAGUUCAAGCAAUAAGUGCAAAAAUUAUUUAGUGAAUAUACUAAAAAUCUGGUCAAGGCAUGGUUGCAUUUUGAGUACUAUUUGGCACAUCUUAAUUUAAGUCAUUUCUCUUUAGUUAGUAGCCACACAAUUACAUUCCUAAGCAUUCCCCAGAAAAUGUAUGUCAAACCCCAUAAGAAUGCUUUAAGGGUGUGUUGUUUUGAACUGACAUGAAAUGUCCCUUUAAUUAAAAUAUGGAUAACUUCAAAUUCAAUUUUCUCUUUUGAGGUCAGCUUGAGAGCUGAAGUCUCAAUAGGUUCCGGUUAGUCGUGUGCAAAAUGUUACCAUGGUAUGAGAUUUUUUGGUAACUUAUUUUUGCCUUUAUUGCUUGAAUCUUCAGCAUAAACCUUCCUAACUUUUAUUCAUUACUUAUAGUGCACAAUUCUGUUCAGAUAUCUUGAAGGCUCUUAUGAGAAAGAUGAUCAGAAAUGCUGAGACACUAUGACAGAAAAUACUACAAGUGAUGUAAAUUCAUCUUAAAUAGAAUCACAUCAGUGCCUAUGUGGCACUCUGAGGGUUUCAGAGAUUCUUUGCUGUUCACCCUAGUGGACAGCCACUUGCUUGCAUGGGCCUCCUCCCAACUCUUCCAUUCCAGCUCCCCAUUCCUUUCCUUUUCCACCCUUUCUUCACCGAGUUGAUCUUGGUCUUGCAACACUUGUCGCACCCAUUGGAGGCCAGGUCAAUGUUUUUUUAGGAUCGUUAGCAGGUUACAUCUUCAUUAAAAAAGAAAAAAACCAUUCCAAUGCCGAUGCCUCUUCUUUACUUUGUCACUGAAUGAGGGACAUCCAGACCUCCUAUAUAGCUGUGAUGUUAUUUGCUUAAUAACAAAAAAUAUUGUGAAACAUCAAAGCUGUACCAAAGCGAUUACAAAACUAUUCUUAGAAGUAUACCUUGUCCUAAUCAUUUCUGGCGGCAAUUUUCCCACAAAUACCAGACUACUGAUCCUUAAGUCUCGCGCUUGUAAAUCAUUAUAAUUUGUAUAUGCUCGUUGUUGUUAAAACAGUUAAUCUGAUAAUGUGCGUUAAAUAAUGGGGUUUAAUAUUUUAUCUACAGGGAUGAGAGGUCACUGGGCAAGGGGAUGUCCUCUAAAUAAUCAUUAGAAUUGGAAUGCUGGGCAAGUAGUGGCUGUGGGCCACGAGCAGUGCAGCUGCAUAAGAUGAUGUGGAGCUAAAUGCGUUAAAUGUGUAUCACAUCGUUCUGAUAUUAAGGAUUGAGAGAAAAUGCUUACACUGAAAGAUUGAAAUGUAUUGUUAGCUGGUUUGUUGCUGUCAAAGGUCAAUAAAGCUUGUUAAAUAUUAAUUUAUUAUUCCCAAACAUUGAAAGAAGCAGACACAGAAAUUUAUUUGCUAUAAUCUGAUAAGAAUAUGCAUAUUACUACAAUUUAAAGAGAUACAUAAGGGAGUUUGUAGGAACUGACAGAAUUAAAAAAAACUAAGCCAUGGUCUUAAAUUUAAUCAUAUGGUAACACUAUUUUUCAUACAAGACUGAACUGUUGUAUGGCAUAAAGAAUCACUUGACACCAAGGUUAUUCAGUGAAAAAAGUAUCAAAUCGUGGUAAUCCAGAGAUGCCUACUGGAAGCAUGGUUAGGUACAGUAAUUUAUACAGGGCUGAGAGGAGCAAUUAUGAAAGUGCUACACUUUCUUGAUAAGCACAGUAUUAGUGUGGUGAGGUGGAAAGGGGUUCAACCUGUUUGUUUCCCUAACCCCCUUUUAGAGACCACGCCCUUUAAAGGAGGGUAGACAGGUAUACAUCACUAGUCUUGUGGGAAACUAUUGUUAAGGGUGGAUGAGGUUUUGCCCUAAGGUAACAAAUUAUGUUAAAGAAAGAUCACAUCAUGGCAUUAUUAAGGCAGGUAUAUUAUUUCAUGUAAGUACAAUGACGUAUCAGUUGUGAUAAUUGAUUUCUAGUUGAGGAAUGAUUCAGUUAAGGAUAAGUAUCGGAUAUUUUGCUGUUACCGGCGUAUUUUGUCUUGUUUCUAACUUGCUGUGAGUCGACAGUAACUGCCAGAAAGUUUGAUUUCUGAUCUCAUUAAGUAAUUAUGAUAUUUUUGGCUGGUUGCUUAUUAGGUCAUGCUAUUUUGGCAGUUAAGGUAUGCCAAGUUGGCAAGUCUAAACAACCAAAUGACUACGUGAUUAAAUCUUUGUUGAACGGGGCACGACAAUUAAGUUGUCUACGAGUCGUCUAAAGCGAUUAAUCUCCUAAGGUUCAACGGACACGAGGACUUUCCAUUUACAAGGUGCUAGUAAAUUAUGUUGGCACAUUUCAUCUCGUCCGUUCAAAAUUACCUGCUGAGAAAUUUGGUAUUUUCCGUGAAAAUAUGCCGUAGUGGUUUAAAACAGCGAAGUUUAAAACAACAGAUUCCAUUUACCACUCGUGACUCACUAUAUAUGUCUAAGAUAUGGGUUGUUGACAUGCAUGAUAACCCUUACGAAUCCAUCGUUCAUCAGGUGACAGGCCGCGAUUUUUUUAAGAAAAAUGAACAAAAGUGAAUUCUGUGCCCCAGAGGGCCACAUUAUCCGGUAUGAAUGAAUUUUUUCCUACAGAAUUGUUUUCGAGGAUUUCUAUCCCAUUUGACUGCUCUUUCAAACCGGAAUUCCAAUACCAGUUUAAUUGCCAAAAUAGCAUGAC